GAAAAACUUUCCUCACAUUUCAUUGUACGCAGUCGGUGCCUUGUGUGUGCAGUACUGACCCGCCGCAGGCAUGGAGGGAUCCGGGGACGAGUUCAUGAAAUACCGCUCACCUCUGGUGUCUCGGUACGCCAGCAAAGAGAUGGCUUAUAACUUCAGCGACAGGAAAAAAUUCACAACAUGGCGAAAACUUUGGCUCUAUCUCGCCAAAGCUGAGAAGGAUUUGGGUCUGCCUAUAACCGAAGCCCAGGUGAACGAGAUGGAGUCUCACCUGGAUGACAUUGACUUUGUUGUGGCUGCUGAAGAGGAGCGAAAGUUGCGGCAUGAUGUCAUGGCUCAUGUGCACACGUUCGCCAAGUGCUGCCCCACUGCUGCUCCCAUAAUUCACCUGGGCGCCACUUCCUGUUAUGUUGGAGACAAUACUGAUCUUAUAAUGCUGCGUGACGGAUUUGAUAUUCUCCUGCCAAAGCUGGCUCGUGUGAUUGACAGGUUGGCGGACUUUGCGGAGAAAAAUGCUGACCUACCGACUUUGGGUUUCACUCACUUUCAGCCUGCUCAGCUGACUACGGUCGGGAAGCGUGCGUGUCUCUGGCUGCAGGAUCUGGUCAUGGACAUGCGUAACCUACAGCGUGCUCGAGAUGACCUGCGUUUUCGGGGGGUCAAAGGAACCACGGGCACUCAGGCCAGUUUCCUACAGCUCUUCCAAGAGGAUCACGAUAAGGUGGAAGAGUUGGAUAGAAAGAUCACAGAGAUGGCUGGAUUUAAAAAAUCGUAUUUGGUGACCGGUCAGACAUACACUCGUAAGGUGGAUAUCGACUCGCUCAGUGUGCUGGCCAGCCUGGGAGCUACAGUACACAAGAUUUGCACUGAUAUCCGUCUCUUAGCUAAUCUGAAAGAGAUCGAGGAGCCAUUUGAAAAAGAGCAGAUUGGCUCCAGUGCAAUGCCGUAUAAGAGGAAUCCCAUGAGGGCUGAACGCUGCUGUAGUCUCGCUCGCCACCUGAUGGCGCUGGUGUCAGAUCCCUUGCAUACAUUAUCUGUGCAGUGGCUUGAAAGAACCUUGGACGACAGCGCUAACCGGAGAAUCUCUCUACCCGAGUCCUUCCUCACUGCUGACAUCAUCCUCAGCACCCUGCAGAACAUCACUGAAGGACUGGUGGUCUAUCCUAAGGUGAUUGAGAGGCAUAUUCGUCAUGAGCUGCCCUUCAUGGCCACUGAAAACAUCAUCAUGGCCAUGGUGAAAGCUGGAGGAAACAGACAGGACUGUCACGAAAAGAUCCGAGUGCUUUCCCAGCAGGCUGCAGCUGUGGUCAAACAAGAAGGGGGAGAUAAUGACCUGCUGGCUCGGGUUCAAGCUGAUCCAUAUUUCACCCCCAUACUUGGUCAGCUAGAUGCCCUUUUGGACCCCAAAACCUUCAUCGGCCGAGCCCCACAACAGGUUGCAAGAUUUUUGUCUGAGGAAGUCAAACCUGUUUUAGAGCCAUACAAAAGUAAAAUGGAUGUAAAGAUUGAACUAGAAUUAUGAGACAUGAACAAAGACUGUACGACUGACACAUCAACGCUGUAUGACAAUGAAUAAAUGUUUUGCUGAUCAUCUUU